ACCAGUAUGGAACUACUACACAUUGCUUUCUUUACCAUUCAGCUGUUAUGUUUAAAUGUUGUAUCACCACCAGUAGCUUUAGCUAAAUCACUUCCAGAUAUUUUAUUCGAGCCCAUCCCUUGUGAUAAUCCAGAUGUUCUAGCUGGUGUAGAUUUCUCUCUUCGCAAAUUAAAUGCCAACCUGAAAAGUGGCUAUAAAUUUGCUCUUCACUAUGUCUUCAGGGCUAGAGCAAAGGAAUUACAAGGAAAACUAUAUGGUAUUGAAUAUUUUAUCCAAGAAACAGAGUGCCCAGUUGGAAAUGAAACAAUCUGGAAAGAAUGCAAUGUCAAACCACAUGCAGCAACUACUAUGGGUCACUGUUGGUUGAAAAUGUUCAUCGAUAAAGUCAAAAGAAUUGCUGAAGCGACUGAAUACAAUUGCACAUUAAAUUCAGGGACUAGGUCAAGAUUUUCAUGUCCUGGAUGUCCAAUAACUCAGCUGGACCACUCUGACUUACAUGAAAUAAUUGCUCUUGCUAUUGCAAAGUUUAACACCGAGAGCAACUAUACUAAUUACUUUCAGCAUGACAUUGUUUUCAAGUUCACUUAUCAGGUGGUGGCUGGAAUGAAAUAUGAAAUGAAGUUUACAAUUCAGGAAACUGAAUGCAGCAAAGAGAAUUCUGACAAUAUUGCUGCUAACUGUAAUGCAAAGGCUGAUGGUGUAAAACUGUUCUGUCACUCAAAAGUGUUUACGCAGGUUUGGUUGAAUUACACGGAGGUGGAUAUAACCUGUACCCAUGAGCCAUUUCCGCCAGCAUUUGAAGAACGAUCUAUUUAUAAUUAUUUUAACAAGCUGAUUAUUGCUCGUUAG